UGAGGUCUCUCCCUCUCCACUGCCCAUCUUUUCUCUAUCAAAAUCACUUUUUAAAAUUCUUUAUCUAAAUUUUGGGUCUUUCUUUCUUGAGUUGAAGUGGUCUCAAACAUUGGCAGUGAAUUGAAAAUCUCAAAGGUCCUUCCUUUCUCUCAAAAAGCAGACACCCAGAUAAAACUGAAGCAUUUUGAAGCUGCUCUUGGAGCAUCUGAAUGAUGGGCGCGUAAGUUCAUUCAGUUUUCAGUGUAAAUUACAGGGUCGUUUGUGUUUUAUUACUGUGACAUGGACCAAAAAUUUGAUGGGUCAAGGCCUAAGCAUUGAAAUUGACGAUGCAGCCAAUCAGUGCAUCUGCAAGGUUGAUAUCAAGCCAUGGUUGUUCUCCAAGAGAAAAGGGUGCAGGAAUUUAGAGGUGGACACCAAUAAAAUUGAUAUAUAUUGGGACUUAACCAAUGCUAAGUUUGGUUCAGGACCUGAGCCAUUAGAGAAGUUCUAUUUAGCUGUUAUGUUUAACCAAGAAAUGGUUCUUUUUCUUGGGGACUUGAAGAGAGAAGCUUUCAACAAAGAUCCUGUUGGUUCCAUUUCCAGAGCCACUUUCAUUGCCAAAAGAGAGCACAUUUUUGGGAAGAAAUUUUAUGGCGCAAAGACUCAGUUUUGUGAUAAGGGGAAGAGCCAUGAUGUGACAAUUGAAUGUGAGACUGUUGGGCUCCAUGAGCCAUACCUUGUGAUCUGCAUUGACAGUAAGAUGGUGAUGCAGGUGAAGAGGUUGAAUUGGAAGUUCAGAGGCAACCACACCAUUUUGGUUGAUGGGCUGAGAAUUGAAGUGUUUUGGGAUGUUCACAAUUGGCUCUUUGGCAAUGCCAUGGGCAAUGCAGUUUUCAUGUUCCAAACUUGCCUCAGUGAUGACAACAAGUUCUGGACCAGUCCACCAGUUUUGGAUCCUUCUGUGUUGGCUUGGUCUUCCUCUCAGCCAUUAAGAGAUAACCAGUUGCAGGGUCUUGGCUUUUCACUGGUUUUGCAUGCUUGGAAGAAUGAAUAGAGAACUGAAAGUAGCCAGAAGCUUGUUUUUCAUCGUUCUGAGCCUUUACAAAUACUUGAAAGUUCUGGUUUUGAUUGUAUGUGCUGUUUGUCUCUCUAGUUUUCUUAUAUCGAAACAUAAUUCAAUUGCAGGAACAAUGCAUGUUCAAGAAAUCUUUUGCAAGUU